UCCGAGUGUUUACUAUUUCAACUCCGACCGUUUGGAGAGUCAGUGCGUUGCUCAAUUUUGCCGUUUGGAAAUUUAAAGUGCACCAAAAACGGACCGCCAGUGUGCGCACUCGGCGCUCGACACUGUGCUACUUUUGUAAAUGAAUGGGAACUAUAUCUCUCACACAUCUCUGGGAAGGCACGAUCAUCGGAAUGAAUUUUCGAACGAGCCCAAGGAUGUGGAUGCCGUGGUAUAAACGGAAGUGACUUCGAAGCUGCCGCAAAAUAUGUUGCUGAUGCAAAAUACGCAAGUAGCACUUUCUCGAGACCAGAUCUUUUUUUUUUUUUUUUUUUUGUCCAAAAUAGUAAUGAGCAUGUUGAAUCCUCAACCUUGUCGCUUCUGCCUACUGAAAUAGGGCUAGUGGAUAAACUCGUCUGGGCGCGCGAGGAAGCUUCUCGUCUUUAGCUAUCCGCUAACAUAAAGACGCAUUUGUUAGCAACAUAUUGGACACGAACGUGACAAAAUGUUUGCAAGAACCACAGCUGAGUACGUGCAAGAACUUUGUGGAAUAAAAGAGGAGAACGAACUACAACAUCAACGGCUGGACGCUGUUGAUGAUGGUGAAAAAUAUAUUUGCCCUUGGAAGCAGGAGUCAGAUUUCCUUCCAAUUAAAAAGGAGGAGGAGGAGGAGCCUGUUCACAGAAGAGAGGAGGAGGAAGAGGUCAAGUCAUUAUUGACCUUUGUUAUUUUCAAAAGUGAAGUCGGGGACAAUGGUGAGAGUGAGGAGAACAGGGGGGCGGAGCCUUUGAGCAGCACCUCGAGUGAUGUGAAAAUAGAAGGUGAUGCAGACCACUGGGGACCAUCACAAGCACAAAGUGAUGACACAUCACACUCCGCUGACAAUGACGAUGGUGGUCAUGUUGGUGCUGAUGACAAAGAUGAAGACUGUUAUGAUGAGGAGGAUGACGAUGAUGAACUCUUUGAAUGUUCUCAGUGUGGGAAAAAAGUUCGUUCCAAAUGUUAUUUGAAGAUUCACAUGAGAACACACACGGGAGAAAAACCAUUCAUCUGCUCGGUUUGUGGUAAAAGAUUCUCUGUAAGGACAGUUUUAAUAAGUCACACAAGAACACACACCGGAGAGAAACCUUUUUCCUGCUCAGAUUGCGGGAAAUGCUUUUCUGCAAGUGGAACUUUACAAAGGCACUUGCAAAGACAUAGUGGAGAAAAACCUUUUGCUUGCUUAGUUUGUGGUAAAAGUUUCUAUGCAAAGGGACAUUUAGCAAGGCACUCACUUACACAUAGUGGAGAAAAAGCUUUUGUCUGCUCUGUUUGUGGCCAACGAUUCUCUCAAAACUGUAAUUUGAAAACACACCAAAGAACGCACACUGGAGAAAAAGCUUUUCCUUGCAUCAAUUGUGCCAAAAGAUUCUCUAGUAAACAGCAGCUUCAGAUGCACAAGUGUUCUGGUGAGAAAAGUGAUAGUUGAAGCUAUCAUAAAAACGGGGAAAAACUGACACCUUGUGGUCAACUGUAAAAUUGUCAGUUUUUAAUAAAAUAAUGAAAUCGAGCUUUUUAAAAGACGAUUUUUAGAUGUUCUAAUUUGAUCAGUGACAGAAGAAUCAUGUUGUGAUGUAGAUUACUGUUUAUUUCAAGCAUGUCAAUAAAAUACUAAUGUUUUCGC